AGUAUUUUGGUCCGUAUUCGAGAUUCCGCUGUUCGGCCGAUAGAGAAACAGCGUUGCAAAUUGUUUGUCAAUAUUUUGGAGUUUCAUAAUAUUUUAACGAAUUUGUAAUAGUUAUGAUACGUUCACCUUUAUAUUUUUAUAAUGAUAUAUCCGAAGUGAAGAAAUAUUUUGAUCUUUGAUCCUUUAAAGUGAUUGCUGUCCCAAUUUUUCCUAUCGAGGGUAUGGAAUAUUUCAAUGUGUGCACGCACACACACGUACAUACACACAUACGCAUAGAAUAAUAGUAUCUAAUAUAUGUAUAUGAUACAUCGACAAUACUGUCAACGAGUGCAUUGUGCAUGUGCAGCGAUGCUACUAGUAUAUGCAACGCUGAAAUCCCAUCUGUUUGAUUAAGAAGGAAAAUGUUGAAAAUAUUUCUUAACAUUGGAAAGAAUUGACUAUAUUUAAGAUAGAUCUUAUCCAAUUGCAUGGAACUUCAAUUAUAUUUAUAAAUGGUGAAAAAAUGCAAUCCUUUUUUAAAAGUGAAACCUUGAUGUAAAAAGGAAGAGAAAAACAAUACAGAAAAGGAUAGGUAAUUUUAAAUGUAAAGAAGAAUCUUUUAUCUUGUCACUCCAUUUUGGUAAGUCGACAAGUCAAGAUAAAUAUUCAUUUUGCAAAUUUGCUGAUAUUAUAAAAAUCUUAUUUAUUUUAUAUCUCUUCAAUAUGUAUAUGAACGUAAGCAGACAACGCAUUUAUAUAUUUAUUUGUUACAUGAAAUUCUUUUCCAAUAAUUAAAACUGCUUAACAAUUCCAAAAUAAUAGAUUGUAAUUAAUAAUAUUAUAUAUUUGUUAUAGAUAUAUGCCAAACAUGUAUGUUAUCAAAACAAUGAUGUAUCCAAGAUAUGUAGGUGGUCGAUUUAACACGGAUGCAUACAUUAGACAAUUGUGUAUCCUAUUUAGUUGAUGCACAAAAUAUUGUCUUAGAGACAUUUGUUAUUUUUAUUGCAUAUCUUUAUUCUUGCUCUUUUUGAGCAUCCUUAUUGUCAUAGAAUAUUCAGUGUUCACAAAAUCACUUUUAAUGAGGCUGAAAUCACGAACAAGAAGGCAAACUCUCUUUUGAGAAAGUACAGUGUUUUACGACUGACUUUGAUGAACAAUGAACCAUUCCGGAAGCGGAAAACGUCAGGCGAAGGUUCUGGAAGAAAAUUAUUGGGACUGCAGUGUCUGCACAUAUAGAAAUACAGCGGAAGCAUUUAAGUGCCUCAUGUGUGACGUCCGCAAAGGAACUUCCACGCGGAAACCCCGCAUUAAUCCUCAAUUAGUGGCACAACAGGUUGCACAACAGCAAUAUGUGCCACUUUUAAAGCCUGGCAAAAAAGAAGGAAGUAGUGGUAGUAGUACAACUAGCAGUGGAAAAGAAAAAGACCGCAAACUGGACAAACCAAGGCGCAAAAGUAGGCAUCCACCUCGUCUUAAAAAUAUAGAUCGUAGUACGGCUCAAACCAAUGAAGUAACGGUAAAUAAUGUUACCGUUGUUAUUACUGAAUAUAAACCAAAAGUUAAAAAAAGUUCGGAUCAGUCUGGUAUUUCCAGCAGUGCUUCUUCUGAAAAUGGAAGUCAGCAUGAUUCCAACCAAGACUCUAGAAGUCUGGAUAUAGGAACUGAUGCCUAGGUCAAUACUAUGUCACAUAUAUGUGUGGAUUAUUCUAAUUAAUAUAUUAUAUGUCAGUUUCCAUGUACAGUUGUACACCUUGUGGGCAAAAGCGACAAUUUUGUCUAUCUGUUACAGCUACACAAUAAGUCAGGCAUUUUAUGCUAUCAAUGGAAUCUUUAUUUUAUACUAUUUUCUUAAUAAUCUGUACUAUUAAAGACAAGUUAUUUAUAAUAUAAGAAAUUGUACUUAA